AUGCUUCAUAUUCCUAGAAGACUGGUCCGUGUAGGACUUCUCGUGCUCCUGUUACUUGUCAUAGUACUGGAAGCCGUUAGCGGAGGCGUCCCCACGGAUAGAGAGUCCCUGAUCUACAAGAUCCAAAAUCCCGGGCUAGUGAAACUAUUUUCCCACUCUAAAACAACCUCGUGGACUUGGACCGAGAUCUCCCAGGCUCUCAUUUUCCGUUCUCCAGUUUACGACCAUUCCGCCCCAACAACUUACGUUCGUAAAGACUCGCACAAGUUCUAUAAAAACCUAUACAAGCAGAAGAUCCCGUCCGAGCCGCAGAUAAUGGUUCUGACAACCAAAGAAGAUCAACAGCCGUACGUGAGGGCCAACGGAACGUUUAUGUCUAUUGUGCGGGAAGAGGAUAUGGAGAAGCUUCUGAACACAGUCCACCAAAUCGAAGAAACCUGGAAUCACAAUUACCACUACCCCUACGUCUUUCUGAGCUCUCAAAACAUCUCAACAGAGUUUCAGCACAAAUUGAGGGAGAAAUGCUCCGGCGAGGUGAUAUUUGAUAGAAUACCUCAGUCUGUCUGGACUGUUCCCAGUAGAACGGACGCUCGCCGUGUGAAAGAAAGCAUGAAAAAGCUGGCUGCAAAGGGAGUCCAGCUUGCAAACGAUAUAGAAUACCGUAACAAAAUGCGGUUCAAGGCUGGAUAUUUUUUCAACACGGGAAUCAUGAGACAUUACAAGUACUACUGGAACCUGGAAGCCGGGACCGAUUUUUUCUGCAAUAUAGACUACGACAUAUUCAGGUUCAUGGAGCAGAACAACUUGGUGCAUGGAUUCGCUAUCUCUUUGUACGACAAUCCUCACACCGUGGAGUCUCUUUGGCCAAAAACACUGGAGUUUGUCCAGCAGCAUCCCGCCUAUGUGGACAACAACGCUUCCUUCACUUGGCUUACUGAGUCUUUGCAAAAUCCUGAACACACAAAAAUAGCCAAUGGUUACUCUACAUGCCAUUUUUCUUCGGCAUUGGAGAUCGGCGACAUGGAUUUCUACAGAUCAGAAAUGUAUACUAACUAUUUCAGACAUCUGGAAGACUCGGGAGGAUUCUACUACGAGGGAUGGAGAGACGCUCCUGUCAGAAGCAUUGCUCUGACUCUUUUUGGAGACAAGAACAAAGUCUGGUGGUUUAGAGACAUGGGAGUCGCGCAGGCUCCGUACCACAACCGACCAUUGAGCGAUAAGUGUUCUAAUGCUAAAGACCCUGCAGGGUACUUUGGUGUAAAUGAGGUCAGACAUGAGAAUUGCCUGCCAAAUUGGAUCAGGUACGAGCUACCCGAGAAAAACAAACAGGCAUAUACGUUUCAAAAUUAA